ACUCGCACAUUCUAGAUUUAUCCAUCUGGAACUUUCCAGUUUAUUGGCUUAUCUCUCUUUAUAAGUUUGGAGCGAAACAUCACCAACAUUCAAUCAAAUCAUAAGUCUACAAUACCAAGAAGAUUCAAUCGAAGACAGAGAUAUGAGUGCUGUUGCGAUCAACCACUUGUUUGGUUUACCGGAGACGAUCGAGAAGCUGAUCUUCCCAACAUCCCGCUCCGGUGAGGGUAACGAGACUCGAGGAGGAAGCAACAACAACAUCCCAAUCGACAUUCUUGAAUCUCCCAAAGAGUACAUCUUCUACGCCGACAUACCGGGACUCUCCAAAUCCGACAUCCAGGUAACUGUAGAGGAAGAGAGGAUACUGGUGAUAAAGAGCAACGGGAAGAGGAAGAGAGAAGAUCACGAUGUGAGCGAAGAAGGAUGCAAGUACAUAAGGCUCGAGAGGAGACUUCCUCAGAAUCUGGUAAAGAAGUUCCGUUUACCUGAAGAUGCUGACGUGGAGGCCGUCGUGGCUAAAUAUCAAGAUGGGGUUUUGACUGUCACCGUUGGGAAAGUGCCGCCACAGCCACCUAAGUCUAAGACGGUUCAGAUCGCUGUUUCUUGAACGGUUUAGAAAACAGACCGGUUUAUGUACGUGUUUUUGUAGUUUGUAAAAAAACUGUGUUUGUUUUGGUCUGUAAAAGCCCAGUGUUUCAACUUGAGCGCUAUAAUCAAGAUUUGUGAUCCUCUGGGUCACUAAGAAUUUACAAGCCCGAGCUAGCUUUUUUUUUUAACUUCAGUGACAUAUACGAAUUAUUCCACAAUAUUACCAUUACAAAACCAAAGUCAUGGUCCCAAAACUGAAUGCUGUUUGUAGUAA